AUGCGUGAGACGGAGGACUUGGUAGCUGAUGUUCUUGGGGUUGAGGUGUUCAGGCAAACAAUCGCGGGCAACGCGUUGGUCGGGAGCUACGCGGUGAUCACCAACCAGGGGGGCAUGGUGCACCCGCGGACUUCCAUCGAGGACAUCGAGGAGCUGUCGAGCCUGCUCCAGAUCCCAUUAAUGGCCGGAACAGUAAACAGAAGGUCUGACGUGCUAGGAGCGGGGGUGGUUGCGAACGACUGGACGGCGUUUUGCGGGCUGGACACGACAUCUACGGAGAACAGCGUCCUAAAGUCCAUCUUCAAGCUCAACGAGCAGGGGCCCUCCAACAUCGUCAACAGCAUGCGAAGCUCUCUCAUCGACUCCCUGACAUGACCCUGUCAAGAAGUUGACAACAUCCAAGUUUUUUUUCGAGGGUGUUGGGGGGCGGAAGACGCUGGAGACGUUAGCCGGCGACGGACCUGAAUUUUCGGACCUUGUUGUUGAAGUGAAGACAUUUUUGGAACAUGUGGUUCUACAGUAGGAAGGAGCAGUUGACAACGGUUAGCAACCGACAUCAGGCAUUUUUGGAACAUGCGAUGAGGAGCAAUCACAACGGUUAGCAAUCGAUUGUAUCGGCGCAACAGGCAGCUGCAGGCGUUGGUUGACGAACAGAACAGAAAGUGGACUUGGAUAUAGGUUCACCCGAACUGGGAGACAUUCCCCCGCCCACCACCACGUGUGUCACCUCGCUUCGGUCGCCUUGGCGCGAGACUCGUGUGUGCACCCAUGAUGUGCCUCCCACGCCACGUAGCCCCCGAACUAGGUAGGCAGUGGGUUCGCGCGCCGGCGGGUUCCUUCACGCACGCGCGUCUCCAACGUUGAUCUUAACAUCGAAUGUGGUUUGUGAGAGUUCGGUCGCGAUGUAGAUACACCCAGCAGAGAGAGAGAGAGAAAAGGUGAAACACGGCGGUUUCUAGUUACAUAGCUUGGAGGCUUUUUCUUCUCCCGUUGCUGAGAAAGGCAUGACCCACCAGGCACCCGUGUCGUGUAGGACAUCACGGUAAGGGUGGUAGCGUUGAAAACGUCUGGUUGUCCAUGAGCCUUGCAUUUUGGAUAAUCAUCUCCGGCCUGUUUUUCUCUUUUGCUCGUUUUUUUUUGCUGUGUUGAUGGCGUUGAGGCACUCGCGCAGUUGACUUCGCACGUUUCAGCCUUGACUAAAGGCAGAGGCCCCGUGACCACACGCCGAGAGGGGGGGGGGGUCUCUCGUGGGAAUGUCGUGGCCGCGCUCGGUCUGUUGUCCCGGUUUCUGGCGUGUCUUCAUUGCACACAGCAAACGUUAUCGUAGGUGACUCGAGGCGUCACGCGCCCGGGACCGAUUUGCAGAGGUCGACUACUAUGCUAGCUAUAUUUGAAGACGAAAAGGAC